AUGUUGAUUGAAGCGGGCGAAGAUAUGGGAUUGAAUCGAUAUAACUGCAAAAAAUUGGUUAAAGGAAGUUGGUCACCACUUGACGAAGCCAAUGCUGUAUUUUAUUGGCGAUGUGUACUUAUUUUUUGUCGGCGGAAAUGUGCCACAGAUGCGGAUUGGUCUGAGUGUCGCUACCGUUUAGUACCAACGUUGGCCAGCUUUUGUCAGCUUGUUCAAAGUUUUAUGAAUAAAGCUUUGAUAAUCGAUGCAGGCGAAACAUUGGCUGUAUUGAGGAAUUUUACUGUUAAACAGCUGCUCAAAAUGAUUUCGUUGUACGAUAACGACGAUCCUGCUGGUUGGUAA